CAGAUCGCAGCUAAGAGCAGCUCUCUGGGUCUACGGAGGCUGCUGGUGUCUGCCUCAGUGUGUGCCGCAGGCACAGCCUGUGGGAUUUUUUCCCCAGCAGAGCAGACAGCUGGCCCUCCACUCCUGCUCCUGUGCAGUGCUCACUCCCGUAGGGCAGCUGCCUCUGGACCAGGAGGAGGGUCCCCGAGGACCCCCUGCCUAGCUUGACAGCUGCUCAGACAAGCACCACCAGACCAGCAUCACCCAGGAUGUCUGCCCUCCCUGCAGCCACCGUUAGCCCGGGCGAGGACCCCUCCAGGAUGCAAGUCCCCAACAGCACCGGCCCGGACAACGCGACGCUGCAGAUGCUUCGGAACCCGGCGAUCGCGGUGGCCCUGCCCGUGGUGUACUCGCUGGUGGCGGCGGUGAGCAUCCCGGGCAACCUCUUCUCCCUGUGGGUGCUGUGCCGGCGCAUCGGGCCCAGAUCCCCUUCUGUCAUCUUCAUGAUCAACCUGAGCGUCACGGACCUGAUGCUGGCCAGCGUGCUGCCUUUCCAAAUCUAUUACCACUGCAAUCGCAACCACUGGGUAUUCGGGGUGCUCCUUUGCAACGUGGUGACGGUGGCCUUUUACGCAAAUAUGUAUUCCAGCAUCCUCACCAUGACAUGCAUCAGCGUGGAGCGCUUCCUGGGGGUGCUGUACCCGCUCAGCUCCAAGCCCUGGCGCCGUCGUCGUUACGCGGUGGCCGCGUGCGCAGGGACCUGGCUGCUGCUCCUCACCGCCCUGUCCCCGCUGGCGCGCACCGACCUCACCUAUCCGGUGCGCGCCCUGGGUAUCGUCACCUGCUUCGACGUGCUCAAGUGGACGAUGCUCCCCAGCGUGGCCAUGUGGGCCCUGUUCCUCUUCACCAUCUUCAUCCUGCUGUUCCUCAUCCCGUUCGUGGUCACCGUGGCUUGUUACACGGCCACCAUCCUCAAGCUUUUACGCACGGACGAGGCGCACGGCGGCCGGGGGCAGCGGAGGCGCGCGGUGGGCCUGGCCGCGGUGGUCCUGCUGGCCUUUGUCACCUGCUUCGCCCCCAACAACUUCGUGCUCCUGGCGCACAUCGUGGGCCGCCUGUUCUAUGGCAAGAGCUACUAUCACGUGUACAAGCUGACCCUGUGCCUCAGCUGCCUCAACAACUGUCUGGACCCCUUUGUCUAUUACUUUGCGUCCCGGGAAUUCCAGCUGCGCCUGUGGGAGUAUUUGGGCUACCGCCGGGUGCCCGGAGACCCCCUGGACACGCGUCGCGAGAGCCUCUUCUCCGCCAGGACCACCUCCGUGCGCUCCGAGGCCGGUGCGCACCCCGAAGGGGUGGAGGGGGCCCCCAGGCCCGGCCUCCAGAGGCAGGAGAGCGUGUUCUGAGUCCCCGGGGGGAGCAGCUUGGAGAUCCAGGGGCGCAUGGAGAGGCCACGGUGCCAGAGGUUCGGGGAGAAC